CGUGUCUUGUUACAGUAAGCUCACAUGAUCACAGUAAAUGAACAUGAACGCUGUGUACAGCUGGGCAGAGAUAAUAGCGAUUGUGUUGCUCUUCAAUGUGUGUUUUAGCACAAGUUACCGACGGACUGAGACACAGCCGCAGGUUUGCGCGCUGUGCGGUGGAUCCGUUAACAAUACCGCAGUGGAUCUGUUCUGCUCUUCGUCCGCGGGACGGAUCAAGGGGAGAUGUUGUCUGAAGAAUAACAGCAUAAGCGACCCUGAACGCAUCAUAGGGUUGGAUCUAUCUAAUUGUUCUCUAACUCAUGUGGACAAUCUUCAGGGAGUGUCCACAGUUGUCAUGAUAGACUUCUCCAUCAAUCCAAUCGUCAACAUCAGCGACACAGUAUUUGAAGGGUUUGGUGACCUAAACUUCAUGAUUUUACCACCACACGUUGCUUGUCCUGGAGGGAACACGUCUUGGGAAAAGGUGGAACUCAAAGAGGGAAAGCGUCUUUGUGAGGGGCAGAAAAACAUGUGCAACCAGACUGGACAUCUGUCGGUUUAUUGUCCGGAAAACUCCCUCUGUGCCCCGUAUGGCCCUGGCUUCAGUGAGUGCAGCUGUGCUGAAAACUUUUACGGAUACAAGUGUCUGCGGCAGGGGGAUUUCCCAGCACUUGUUGUGUUUGGACCUCUUGCAGCAUCUACAGUCGUGAUGUCCUUAUUGCUGUGGGUCACGCAGAGACGGAAGGCCAAAAACCAAUGAGUCACAGCUGAAAGAACUUGAAAGAACAAUGCUGAGUCUAAACUGACUAAGUACAGUAUUUUAUAAAUUAUAAAACCAUUUGAGGGAGCCGCUUAAUUUUAAGAAAAUAUAUUUAAAGAACUGACUUUCUUUUGCUGGAUAUUUAAAGGGAAAUGGUUUGAUCCACUGUUUCUUCCUUUUCUUGUUUUUUAUGCUGACAGGAAUUACCACUGAAUGUGCUGCAUGUGUGCCAGUUUACACAGAACCUUUUAAUCUUUAAAAAAAAAUGUGUGGGUGAAAAAUCAAAUUAUGGGAUUUGUUCCUUUGAUUACACAAAUUACCUGAACAGCAAAGUGUUCAAAUCCAUUUGAUGCAAAUAAAAAUGUAUCUUUUAAAAGGGAAACUAACUCCAACUACAACGGACCUGUUACACAACUGUGGAGUCACAGAGAAACCUAAAUGAAUUAAUAAUGCAUGUUAGGUAAAUUCUUUGCACUCCUUGAUCUUAGGUUUUUGUCUUGGAUUGUCCAAUUGGGAUUAGACUUUUAACCUUCAUUUAUUAAUUUUUUACAUUUUGUUAAAGUUAAAAAGCUGCAGCGUUUGCACUUGUGCUCAGUUUGUCCAGAAAACAAAUACUCCCUUGUGGGAGUCAGUAUUGCUUUAUGUAAAAUAUCUUUGGAAAUUGUAUGUAAUUCUUCUGAUGUAAGAAAAUAAACUGACUGGUUUCUAUGUUUGA